AUGACAGUGAUAGAGAGGCAAGAAAUACUCGGUCCUUCUCCGGAGUUGAACUAUAGGAAGGACCAGAACGGUCACCGGACCGAGCACGGUAUAGGCGAGACAAAUUUGGAGUUCCAUUUCUACCAUUGCAUGGACUUAGUCAAGGCCGGUAUGGAAUCCAUCAUCGAGGACCAGGUCACUUCCGUCUUCGAGGCUGAGGAGUUGAGAAGUUGGAACCUUCUAACUAGGACUAACAGACAGUACGAGUUUCUAACGUGGAGGCUAACCAUCAUAUGGAUGAUGGGCUUCAUGGUGCGGUACUUCUUCCUUCUACCCUUAAGGCUAUUGAUCUUCCUCAUUGGGGUUUGGUGUCUUAUUGUAAGCACGGCCUGCGUUGGGACUCUACCUGACGGUCCGUUCAAGCAACGAGUCAAUUAUGCGACUUCGAUCUUGAGCUUCAACUUCCUCUCGAGGUGUAUAUCGAUGGUAAUCACCUACCAUGAUGGUGACGUGAACAAGCCGAAGAACGGGAUAUGCGUGGCGAACCACACCAGCCCCAUCGACGUGCUGGUGCUGAUGUGCGAUAACUGUUACUCGUUGAUUGGUCAAAGGCACGACGGUUUCCUUGGGCUUUUGCAGAGGGCAUUAGCUAGGGCUUCGCCGCACAUUUGGUUCGAGAGGUCGGAAGUCAAAGAUCGACACGCGGUCGCCAGAAGACUAAAAGAACACAUAUCGGUGCCGGACAACCCCCCAAUCCUCAUAUUCCCUGAAGGCACCUGCAUAAACAACACCUCAGUUAUGCAAUUCAAGAAGGGAAGCUUCGAAGUCGGUGGCACCAUUUACCCAGUCGCAAUUAAAUACGACCCGCGAUUCGGCGACGCGUUCUGGAACAGUUCCCGAUACGGGAUGCUGCACUAUCUCCUCAACAUGAUGAGCUCGUGGGCGAUCGUCUGCGACGUGUGGUACCUGCCGCCGAUGCAUCGCGAUCCAAACGAGACGGCCGUGGACUUCGCGAACCGGGUCAAGGCCGUGGUAGCGAGGAGGGGUGGACUCGUCGAUCUCAUGUGGGACGGGCAAUUAAAACGAAUGAAAGCGAAGAAGGAAUGGCGGGAGUUACAACAAGAAGAGUUCAGCAAAAGACUGAAAGGGGAGUAG